AAUAUGGCUCAGCAUGGAAAUCCUGUAGCCAGUUCCCAAAAAGCACUCAUGCUGGAGAUGAAAAGUCUCCAGGACGAACCGGUGGAAGGCUUCAAAAUUACUCUGGUCAACGAGUCGGACAUGUAUAACUGGGAAGUGGCGAUAUUUGGGCCACCGAACACACACUACGAAGGCGGUUAUUUUAAGGCCUUGCUCAAGUUCCCAGUGGACUACCCAUACUCUCCUCCUUCUUUUCGUUUCCUCACCAAAAUGUGGCAUCCUAACAUUUAUGAGAAUGGCGAAGUGUGCAUUUCAAUCCUGCACCCGCCAGUGGACGACCCCCAUAGUGGCGAGCUGCCUUCAGAGCGGUGGAACCCCACACAAAAUGUCAGGACCAUCCUACUCAGCGUCAUCUCCCUUCUCAACGAGCCCAACACCUUCUCUCCUGCCAAUGUUGAUGCCUCCGUGAUGUACCGCAGGUGGAGGGAGAGCAAAGGCGAAGACCAGGAAUACAUUGAAAUCAUCAGGAAGCAGGUGCAGGCUACCAAGAGCGAAGCAGACCUUGACGGCGUCAAGGUUCCCGUCACCCUUGAAGAGUACUGCGUCCGCACCCAAGUGCCACCCACGGACGACGGCUCCAACCUGUUGUACGACGACAGCUCCAGCCUGUUGUAUGACUACGACCCCGAUGACGAAGGCCAAGCCGAUAACUACCGGGACAUUUGUUUUACCGACAAUGAGUCUGACAAUGACUACUACUAA